UCUGGCUGCUCUUCAACCCAAAGUGUUUUAUUCUCCUAUUCUAUUCUGAUCCAAGGAAGCUGUGACAAUCUAACGGCGAGUUCUCGAGAAAUAUCAAAAUGUCUAUAACAACGACGGCCAGCGCCAAAAGAUGGAUUCUUGGCGACAAGUUCGAGCAGAGGAUGCCGCACCACGAUGGAAUCAAGGCGCUGUGGGACACGAAAUGGAAAUUUCCCUGUACGAAAAGUGUCUAUCCUUUCCACGAUGGUAAAUUCGAGGAUUUUGAACCCGUAUUUGAACAUCUGAUCUCAAAUAAUAUAAACGAUGGAUACGGCGAUGCUUACACAGAAGCAUUCUUCCCGAUGGCAGAAAGCUUGACGCGCCAAGGAGACGAAGCUGCCUCUGCCAAUGAUCUAACGCGAGCGUCAGAAUUGUAUCUUCGAGCCGCAUGCUUGUAUCGUAUCUCUCGCUUCCCAUACAUCACCAGCUUCCCGGAAGUAAGCUCGGCGACGAAGUGGAAGGCAUGGCAGGCACAGAAGGAUGUAUACAUGAAAGCUGCGAGCAAGUGGCCCGCUCCUGUGAGAGAAGUGAUGAUCCCACAUACUUCCCGGGAGGGUGCUGAUCGAGGCACAAUCCCUGUCUACGUGCGUCUUCCUGAGAAAGGGGCCCAAGACGGCGGAAAAUUUCCUGUCGUGCUCUUAAUCACAGGUCUGGAUGGUUACCGGCCAGAUAACACCCAGCGAAGCGAUGAAUUCAUCGCCCGCGGAUGGGCUUGUGUUAUUGCAGAAAUUCCUGGAACGGCCGAUUGCCCAGCUGAUCCCAGUGACCCAAAUAGCCCGGACCGCCUCUGGACGAGUGUGCUAGAUUGGAUGGGAAAUCAAGGCACUUUUGAUAUGAAGCGUGUGAUGGUGUGGGGACUGAGUUGCGGUGGCUAUUAUGCUGUGAGGAUUGCACACACGCAUAAAGAGAGCCUGAAGGGUGCUGUCGCACAGGGCGCCGCAACCCACCUCUUCUUUGGUAGGGAUUGGAUGGAGAAGGCUGAUGGCCAUGAAUAUCCGUUUUCCCUUUGGCCCGCGAUGGCCAUGAAACAUGGUUAUGCCACAGCUGAGGAAUUCAUAGCCGGUGCGCAGAAGAAAUUCUCUCUGCUAGAGACUGGCAUUAUGGAGAAGCCAUCAACAAGGCUUCUGCUUAUCAAUGGAACUGAGGAUGGCCUCAUGCCAGUUGAGGACUCGAUGCUGCUUUUCGAAUACGGGACUCCAAAAGAGGCGAGAUUCUUCAGCAACGCACUACACAUGGGAUAUCCGAUGGCAAAUUCGUCGGUAUACCCGUGGAUGGAAAGUGUCAUGGCCAGUUAAUCCAAGGUAAGGGAUUCCAGAAGGGUCGAUUUUGGUUCUGGUCGUCAACUAUUCUUUACAAUCCGAAACCAUUAAUUGAAUACUCUGAAUACUUCUCAAAAAACCUUAUUCGUUUUGGAUAAAUUCUCAUUGUCCUGGUCGAUACUUGCUAGGCGCUCUUUGUUCCAUCUCUACAGUCAGACAUUGUGCUCAACUAUUGCUCUUGUCUGAACAUGCGUUGGUCUCAUAUUCCUGCACAGUGCUCGAGUAUCAGCAUCAAGAAAGAUAUCUUUAUCGGUUGAUCAAGGCCGCAUGUUUCAUUUCGCGUAGUUCACGUC